AAUUUCGCUGAACAACUCCGUACCAAAACCGGUCAGCUCACGCCAUCAGAGAAGAGAUGCCACCACCACUGGAUGUGACACACGCGAGCUGAGAAGAAAAACACUCACGCGAUUUUCCGACCUCAACGGACGCUGGCGUCGCGACGUCCGUGAUCUUGACCGAGAAGAGAGAGCUGGUGGGUCUUCAGGAACCACGAUCAGGUCGUCGGUUAGUCUUAUAAAUACGACAUCCCAAUCGGUUGGCGCAGUUUUGCUUCAGCGAGUUCAGCGAUCAGUGACGUGUCGUGGGGAUUUUGCUCCGCGUGACGAAAAUAGUUUCAACUUCUUUCCGCCCAAAAAGUGUCUACUGGUGGAGGUUUCAUGGUGACUUGAGCUGCUGAAUCACGAAAAACAACAUCUAUUAAAUUAAAUUUUAAAAAUGAAAGUGAUCAGGUUUCUCCUGCUCUUGUUGCUGGUCGCAGUGACGUGCGCAAAUCCCGCGGUGGAUAACGCUGGACCCAUCAAUCAUGUGGCACCCACAACGGCUGCCAAAACCGCCCUGGAGGAGUCGUUCGUGAAGCGACUGGGCUCCAAGUGCACCCAGAAGGAUAACAGCUCCUGUGUGAUGCUCAAGCUGGUGACCUACAUGAACAGGCUGCUGAAAAAGUCCAGCAUUGCGCUCGGAGAAAGCGUGGAGCUGACACAGACCAGGUCAACGGAGGAGCCGGCGGAUGACUCCGAGGAGAUGUCGGUGCUGGCCCGGGCUGCCAGCUCGGAUGACCACAAGUUGAGCGUCCUGGUGGCGGACAAGAUCUGGCGUUUCAUCCAGAGCCGUAGCGUCAAGUGGAGGGCCUUCCAGGCGGCGGACAUCGUGGUGGCGUCCGGCGAAGGUGGCAAACUCAACUUUGGCGUAUCGCUCGACACCCGGAAGCUGGUGGAGGAAGGUCGUGGCAAAAUGAAGCAACACCAGCACCUGCUGAUGGCAUUUGUGAUGAAGGCCGGAAUCAUCGGGGCGUUGAUCCUGAAGGGAAUUGCCCUGCUCGUGGGAAAGGCUCUACUCGUCAGCAAACUGGCCCUGCUGUUGGCCAGCGUGCUCGGCAUCAAGAAGCUGCUGUCGAAAAAGCACGUGACGUACGAGGUGGUGGCACACGCCCCGGAACAUCACCACCACCUGGACACGUACAGCUCUGGGUGGGCUCGGGCCAUCGAUGGGUUCGUGGAGACGUUCUCGAAGGGGCUGGAAAACCGGCUCAUGAAAGCGGACACCAGCGCUGACGAGUUGGCAUACGGUGGACAGAGGCCGCUGACGCAGUAGGACCCUGUGACCUUUUCUCUUGUAGUGUUUCCUUUUCUGGUGAACUUCAAUCGGAGAUUGGGGUUGAUGUCGUAUUCUAGUACCCGGUACCUGAUGAGAUCGUUUUUUUUUCUGUAGCACCUGUCCUGUGAUAAUCGUCUGUAUACACUUUUUCAGCUUUGCCGUUACUUAUUUAUUAACUUAUUUAUUUAUUUAUUUACUUAUUUAAUAACUUAUUUGAAAUAAAUCUUUGUUAUUGCUCUUCAA